ACCGACUGCGCUCGCAGCCUCUUCAAACUGGUCCCAGAGCAGCCGGGGAUCGGGUUUCAGCACCGCGGCCAGCUCCCCGCCUCCUCCUCCUCUGCUCCCCGGGCGGCGGAGCAGCAACACAACGCUUCCUCCCGUUGUCCCUCCCUGCGACCCCUCCCCCUUAAUAUCGGCUCUAAUGAUAAACCCCUCCUAUGUGUCACUGGCUGCUGGACUUGAAAGGCAACCAAACAGACUCUACAACACUUUCAUCUUUAUUUCUCGCCGAGACUGAUUAGUCUGACGGCGGCGUUUUUCUCCUCCAGAGGUGAUCAUCAGUCAGGUCUCCGUCUCCACAGCUGCUUCCCCCGGGUCUCUCUCUCCCUCUGUGUGGUCUGUCUGCGAUCUGCAUCUGUUCCUACUUUUGCAGUUUUACCUUUGCAGCGGCAGGUAGCCGUUAUCCUCCAUCCAGACCUCGGACACAAUGUUGGACCCGUCUUCCAGCGAGGAGGAAGGGGAUGAGAUACUGGAGGUGGAGCGCAAAGAGGUGGCGGCCCCGAAGAGCGCCGCAGGAGCCCGCUUGUCACCGGGCCGAGCCUCCGACGGCCACGCCGGUGGGGGGCUCCAGCCCCGGGGCCGUGGGAGUGGCGGCGGCGGUGGUGGCGGAGGUGGCGGCGGCGGCGGCGGCGGCGGCGGCGGCCGACCCUCCAGCCCCAGCCCGUCAGUGGGCAGCGACAAGGAGAAGGAGGACCUGGAGAAGAUGCAGCGAGAGGAGGAGGAGAGGAAGAAGAGACUCCAGCUGUAUGUGUUUGUGAUGCGCUGCAUCGCAUAUCCGUUUAACGCGAAGCAACCUACCGACAUGGCCAGAAGGCAGCAGAAGAUCAGUAAGCAGCAUCUGCAGACCGUCAAAGAGCGUUUUCAGGCGUUCCUCAACGGAGAAACCCAGAUCGUUGCUGAUGAAGCCUUUAUCAACGCUGUCCAGAGCUACUACGAGAUCUUCCUGAAAAGUGACCGUGUGUCCCGGAUGGUGCAGAGCGGCGGUUGCUCGGCCAGCGAUUCCCGGGAGGUUUUUAAGAAGCACAUAGAGAAGCGAGUACGCAGUCUGCCCGAGAUUGACGGCCUGAGUAAAGAGACGGUGCUGAGCUCCUGGAUCGCCAAAUUCGACACCAUCUACCGAGGAGAAGAAGACCCCAGGAAGCACCAGCAGAGAAUGACGGCCAGUGCCGCCUCCGAGCUCAUCCUCAGCAAGGACCAGCUGUACGAGAUGUUCCAGCAGAUCCUGGGCAUCAAGAAGUUUGAACACCAGCUCCUCUAUAAUGCCUGCCAGCUGGACAACCCUGACGAGCAGGCAGCACAGAUCAGAAGAGAGCUGGACGGACGAUUGCAGAUGGCAGACCAGAUAGCUCGGCACGGUGGAAGGUUUCCUAGGUUCGCCUCCAGAGAGAUGGAGGCCAUGUUCAUCGAGGAGCUGCGGUCCUCGGUGAACCUGCUGAUGGCCAACCUGGAGAGCAUGCCUGUGUCCAAGGGAGGAGAGUUCAAGCUGCAGAAGCUGAAGCGAGGUCACAACGCCUCCAUCAUGGACAUGGGCCAGGAGGACGAGAAUACGCUGUCCAAGUCUGACGUGGUGCUGUCCUUCACACUGGAGGUUGUCAUCAGGGAGGUUCAGGGUCUGAGGUCGUUGACCCCAACCAGGAUUGUUUACUGCCCCAGGGAGGUGGAGGGAGGUCACAAACGGCAGACAGACCAGGCUGAGGUGUCUGUGCGUAGUUGGGGUACCCAGGGUGACUUCACCACCACCCAGCCGCUCCCUGCGGUGAAGGUGAAGCUGUUCACUGAGAGCACAGGAGUUCUGGCUCUGGAAGACAAAGAGUUGGGGAAGGUCGUACUCCACCCGACCCCCAACAGUCCCAAGCAGUCGGAGCUCCACAAGAUGACCGUGUCCAAAGGCUGUCCGGACAAUGACCUCAGGAUCAAACUGGCCAUUCGCAUGGACAAACCGCAGAACAUGAAGCAUUGUGGGUACCUUUGGGCCAUUGGCAAAAUCUUGUGGAAAAGAUGGAAGAAAAGGUACUUUGUGCUGGUUCAGGUGAGUCAGUACACCUUUGCAAUGUGCAGCUACAGAGAGAAGAAGGCCGAGCCGGUGGAGCUGCUGCAGCUGGAUGGCUACACAGUGGACUACACGGACCCCCAGCCAGGGUUAGACGGCGGCCGGACCUUCUUCAACGCCGUGAAGGAGGGCGACACGGUGAUAUUCGCCAGCGAUGACGAGCAGGACCGGAUCCUUUGGGUGCAGGCCAUGUACCGAGCCACGGGCCAGUCACACAAGCCGGUUCCUCCCACUCAGGUCCAGAAGCUCAACUCAAAGGGCGGCACAGCGCCGCAGCUCGACGCGCCGAUAUCUCAGUUCUAUGCUGACAGAGCCCAGAAGCACGGAAUGGACGAGUUUAUUUCAGCCAACCCAUGUAACUUUGACCACGGCUCGCUGUUUGAGCUGGUACAGCGCCUCACAUUGGACCACAGACUCAACGACUCGUACUCCUGCCUGGGCUGGUUCAGUCCCGGGCAGGUGUUUGUCUUAGACGAGUACUGCGCUCGCUACGGCGUUCGAGGCUGCCACAGGCAUUUGUGUUACCUGAGCGAUCUGCUGGAGAGGGCGGAGAACGGAGCCAUGAUCGACCCCACCCUGCUGCACUACAGCUUUGCCUUCUGUGCCUCCCACGCACAUGGAAACAGGCCUGAUGGUAUCGGCACGGUGACCGUGGAGGAGAAGGAGCACUUUGAGGAGAUCAAGGAGAGGCUACGGGUGCUUCUAGAGAACCAGAUUACACACUUCAGGUACUGCUUUCCGUUUGGGCGGCCAGAGGGAGCGCUGAAAGCAACUCUGUCGCUGCUCGAAAGGGUCCUGAUGAAGGAUAUCGUUACUCCGGUUCCUCAAGAGGAAGUCAAGGCUGUGAUCCGUAAGUGUCUGGAGCAGGCAGCUCUGGUCAACUACCAGCGCCUGUCGGAGUACGCCAAACUGGAAGGGAAAAAGAGAGAGAUGUAUGAGCAUCCUGUCUUCUGCUUGGCGUCUCAAGUGAUGGAUUUAACCAUUCAGAACGUAGGCCGGUUAGUCACCCCUGCUAAAAAACUGGAGGACAAUAUUCGUCUCGCCGAGCUGGUGAUUGAGGUGCUUCAGCAGAAUGAGGAACACCAUGCUGAGGGAAAAGAGGCCUUUGCGUGGUGGUCAGACCUGAUGGUGGAGCAUGCCGAGACCUUCCUGUGCCUCUACUCGGCCGACAUGGAUGCAGCGCUUGAGGUUCAGCCACCGGACAGCUGGGACAGUUUCCCCCUCUUCCAGCUGCUCAAUGACUUCCUGAGGAUGGACUAUAACCUGUGCAACGGAAAGUUCCACAGACACCUGCAGGACUUGUACGCCCCUCUGGUGGUGCGAUAUGUGGACCUGAUGGAGUCGUCCAUCGCUCAGUCCAUUCACAGAGGCUUCCAAAGGGAAUCCUGGGAACCUGUCAAGAGUAUAACAAGCAAUCUGCCCAACGUCAAUCUCCAAAUGCCCAAAGUACCAAAUCUAACAGUGCAAAGUGUUAACCUCCCACAAAUGCCCAACUUCUCUGCACCCGACUGGAUGACAGCUAAUUCUGACUCAGAUAACGGCUCGGGGACGUCGGAGGAUCUCUUCUGGAAGCUGGAUGCUCUGCAGACCUUCAUCAGAGAUCUCCACUGGCCAGAGGAGGAGUUUAGCAAACACCUGGAGACCCGACUGAAGCUGAUGUCCAGUGACAUGAUUGAAUCAUGUGUGAAACGGACACGGGCGGCGUUUGAGGCGAAGCUUCAGAAGAGCAGCCGGGCCACAGACUUCCGCGUGCCGCAGUCCAUCUGCACCAUGUUCAACGUCAUGGUGGAUGCCAGGGCCCAGACCGCCAAGCUGUGUGCCGUAGACCUGGGCCAGGAGAGACAAUAUCAUUCCCAAAUCAAUGAUCUAAUUGAAGAGACGGUGAAGGAGAUGAUUACGCUCUUAGUGGCAAAGUUUGUGGUCAUCCUAGAAAGUGUGUUAGCUAAGCUCUCCAGGUAUGAUGAGGGAACACUCUUCUCUUCAUUCCUGUCUUUCACAGUGAAAGCUGCCUCCAAGUAUGUGGAUGUACCUAAACCAGGGAUGGACGUCGCCGACGGUUACGUGACAUUUGUCCGUCACUCACAGGACAUGCUGAGGGAGAAGGUCAACGAGGAGGUGUACAUCGAGAGAUUGUUCGACCAAUGGUACACCAGCACUAUGAACCUUCUAGGAACAUGGCUGACAGACCGAAUGGACCUGCAGCUCCACCUCCAUCAGCUCAAGAUUCUCAUCAGGGUUGUCAAGAAAAAGUACCGUGACUUCCGCCUUCAAGGGGUUUUGGACUCUACGUUGAACAGUAAGAUGUACGAGACGGUGAGAAACCGGCUGACGUUGGAAGAAGCCACGGCCUCAGUGAGGGAAGGAGGGUUGCAAGGCAUUUCCAUGAGGGACAGUGACGAAGAUGACGAUAACUAGAUCAAAGAGCCUGAAACUACAAGGACGUUGCAGCGGAACACUGCCUGAAAUCCCACGCAGCCUUUCUGAGAGUCAAAAGACAUCAUUCAACUCCAUCCCUUCAUUAUCUGCUCUUUCCCUUUUUCACUCCUGUUGCGGGUCCACAUUCUGUCAGAAUUGAGGAUGAAGUGCAUUGUGUGUCUGUUAUCAGCUUCAAUAUUGCAGGGCUUGUUAUCCACGCUAUUCAAACCGAAGGUCUCCACGUCGACUCAUCGGCCACCUAAAACCGAAACAUCAACAAAUAACUGAAUGUCCAAAAGAAGCUAAAAUGUGACAGGAGUGCAGACAUGUGAAUGUGAACACCCUGCAAAAUUAGAUGAACCAAGAAGUUAAAAACAGGCAGGAGGUCGCAUCUACAUGGAUGUCGUCUUUUCAAGGCAUAAAAAAACAUUAUUGAAUUUCAGGAGAUUUCCUGUAACUCGCAUGAAGUGUGAAGUGAAAUCUUGCGAUGAUGUAGAUGUUGUUGUUUUUAAGCCAGCCAACAAAUGCCUGAUGAACAUUUCACUGCUGAAGUCCCAUUGUGAUUGAUCCAAAUGGUCGCUACAAACAACAGAGUUAAGAUAUCAACAAAUAAUAUUAUUAUCCGCAUUUCCAAAAUUGCCCCGGAAUGUUCUCAAGCAAUAUGGUUGACUUUAGUUCUCAACUCAACUGGGCGUGGCUAUUUCUUUGUGUUGUGCUAAACAAUGUGAAGUUACUGGCUGUAAAAGAUGUGCAUAUUGUCUAUUAUUACUUUUUUUUUGCAUCGUGCCUGAACCGAAUGCUUAAAAUGAUGUGCUGUGAUAUGACGUGAUAGUGACGUUUUUUGUACGUUCUCAGGCGCGUUUCUCAAACCGUCACAACAACAGUCGGAUGAAAUCCGAGGCAUCGUCAACUAUUGAGUCAUUCUGCUUAAAUAGUGACAAAGGUGAGAAAGUGAUUCAGCCAAUGUUUACCAGGAGAUCGUACAGAUCGGUCGCCUCUCAGCUGUAAACUCUUUGAAUUAGCGCGAGGCCGUCUGAAUAGUUCUCGGUGUUGGCGUGUUGUUUGUCAGUAGCUCACCUCCAUGAGCAGAUCAUCGCAGAAGAACGGAAGCGUUCUGCUUUCCAUCCCAGCGGCUCAGCGGCCUGUGUGGAGAGCAACGGGGGCGGAACGCAGAGGCUGAAAAGCAUUCUGGGAACCCACAGACUCCCGGGCCUGUAAAUUGGCUUCUUUUCAAACAGUCUCGUCGUGGUCAUCUCUUGACUCCAGUCUGGGGUUGCAAGUUGCUGUUAAUGCCGCAAAUACCGUCUGUCCGUAUUGGCCUUCCCACAAGGUACAGCAACACAAAGAAGGUUGGAUUUAAUGAUCACGUGUGAUGGAAGCAACAUCUGAUAUGUCUCCCUUUGUCACUGCUCUUGAUCUUUACUUUACAUGGAUUCUUUAAAGUCGAUCUGCAGUAUUGAGGCACAACUAACGCUUAGCUAAAUUGUUUCAGGUAAAUGAACUCAGUUGCGAGUCUGCGAGGUCAGUAAAGUAAAGCGACAAUUCAUUAUAGCGAGGGGUUAAUUUUGCCCGCAGCUAAAUGUUUUUGAUCAGUCUGCCGAAUAUGGUCCCUAAUAGUGGAAACACUAACGUAAUGCCUGAAUAAGGAACACAAAGACGUGCUCUCAUUAACCCGUAAGCACAUCACGAUUACUUUCAUGAGGGGAAAUUGUGCGCAGUACAUCAGGCGAAGGUAUAAAAAAAAAGCGAAAAAUGUUUUGUGCAGUGAAAUUGAAAGCAGGGAUUUUAAGAAUCUUAAAGCAGCAGUUUCGGUCUCUGACUAUACAUAUUACUCGCUUGUGUAAAUGCCACUUGUUCUUCCAUUAGAGAGUGAGAAAGCUGUGUGAAUCCUCAAGCAAGACGGUUAUACUGUGUUACUAACUGAAGAAUAUUUGUCAAACCAUUGCAUAUGAAUCUCUCGAUGGCAACGCAGGCCUCUGCAAAUGUUGGCACUUUCAUUCCCACAUCGAUCUAACCUUUGAAAUUCUGCCGUCUUUACAGUUUGGUUUUUAUCACAGUGAUAAAUAGUUUUCAACAUUUUCUAUUUAAAACAAAUCCUCUAUUGGAGUCAAAAUAUCAGUUGAACAAUAGAUCCGUUGCCAUCAGUUCCUUUCUGUGCCCUGCACUUCACCCCAGGGUGUGUGACGGGUCCCAUCCACAUUUUUCCAGUGGAUGACGGGAGGUGAAGUGUGCGCAUGCUUUCCCUCUGUUUUCUGCACUGUAGGCCUGAGCUGUGUGUCGCCCGUCGUGCAGGUACUACAUGUCCCCAGUAUUCACCGUUGUUCGCUCCUUGUGUGACGUUGCCGCUGGGUUCAUCAUGUUUCUACCUCCUAGAGGACCAAUAAAGGGGAAUGGCAAAUGUGCAGAAA